AUGGCGUCAUCUGCUAAGAGUCCCCAGAGUGUUCUGGAGUGGUGCAAGAGUUUGGGCCUGAACUCAAACAAAAACUGCUGUAAGGAGAAGAAACUUAGUGACAGUGAGGAUGAAGUGGGAGCUGAUUUGGAGGAUCCAAAUCCCCCUUACACUGGUGCGCCACAGCUACCUGCCGCUGGUCACAGCCCAGUGACUAAAAUACAGUUUGAAGUGAUGCCUGAGACAAAGCUAAAAUACACUGCAUCAUGUGAGAGUUUGAAUUCUGCGGGGAGGAACCCACCCCUAUGUGAUGUAUUUGAAGCAGCCCAGCUUGUGGAAGUAUUGGCACAAGUGGGUGAGAAUUUGAGACAGCUGGCAUACAAUGGCAAUUACAAGAGACUGAAAACAUUUUCAGGUGUGGAACCCACUCCCAAGAGAGUUUGUGAGGGCCUACAUUGGACCUCCUUGAGCUACACAGAAAGAUUUGCCACUGAUUAUUACCAGAACAUGCGGGCCCUGAUAUUCGCCGUGGAAGAAAUUAAUUCAGAUCCUGAACUCCUUCCGAACAUCACACUGGGCUAUCAGGUUUUUGACACUUGUUUUACAUUACGGAAAGCAGCUCAAGGGACUCUUUCAGUUCUCUCAGGGGGGGAGGAAAUUACACCAAAUUAUCACUGUCUCAAAGGGGCACCUCUUGCUGGUAUCAUUGGAGACUCUUGGACAACAACAUCGAUUCUUAUGGCCCAAAUCUUGGGAUUGUACAGAUACCCACAGAUCAGUUAUUUUGCAACUAACCCGAUUCUCAGUGAUCGGAACCUGUUUCCUUCCUUUUUCCGUACCAUCCCCAGUGAUGAGUUUCAAAUGAAAGGCCUGGCCCAGCUUAUCUCAUAUUUUGGAUGGACUUGGGUUGGCCUCCUGGCCAAUGAUAAUGAUUAUGGUCAAUAUGGACUUCAGAUUCUUACGCAGGAGAUAAUUAAUGCUGGAGCCUGUGUGGCAUUUGCAGAGAAUAUAUUGACUGGUCAACCCAAUAGGAAUGCUCCUCAUCUUGCCCAAGUUGUUAAAAUGUCCGGUGCGAAGGUGGUGGUUAUGAUAACUUCAGAUUUUUAUUUUGUGACUAUUAUGGAAGAGAUGUUGAGGCAGAAUGUGACAGGAAUAACCUGGAUAGUCAGUGAAGCUUUGUCAACUUCAAACUUACUGUCUAAGGAAAGCUUAAAGACUAUAGUAUCAGGCAUCAUUGGCUUUGCAAUUCAUCGUGGGAAGAUGCCAACAUUUACUGAACAUCUCAACAGCCUCAGUCCUUCAAAAAACCUUAAUGAUUUAUUUGUUAGUGAAUACUGGGAGCAGAUCUAUUCCUGUAAGUGGGUCAACAAGGAUAAUGGAACAGAAAACAUUACAAUGGGAGCAUGUACUGGAAAUGAAAAUCUUGGGAGCCUGCUACUUGAGGAGUAUCAUAGAUUAUCUCUCAAUGUAUACACAGCUGUAUAUGCAUUGGCUUGGGCCUUACACAAUUUGCAAAACUGUUCACCUGGCAAUGGACCAUUCCAGCAUGGGAACUGCGCCAAUAUCUCAUCAUUUCACCCAUGGCAGCUUCUCCACUAUGUUAACAAUGUAAACUUCAUGACUAAAGAUGGAAGCCAAGUAUUUUUUGAUGCAAGAGGAAACCCUCCUCCAAUAUAUGACAUUGUCAGUUGGCGUGUGAGUUCCAAGGGCAUCCUGGAGCCGGCUACAGUUGGAAUUUAUGAUCUAAACUCUCCUGAUGGAAAAACAUUAAAUAUAGACAUUGCUGGAAUUACAUGGAAUAACAAUGACACACAGGUUCCUGUUUCCAAGUGCAGUCCAAGUUGUACCCCUGGAUCUAGGAAGGUGAUAGUACCAGGAAAACCCCCUUGUUGCUAUGAGUGUGCCCGGUGUCCCCAAGGUCAGAUUUCAAACCAAACAGAUGCUGUGGAAUGCCAUCCAUGUUCCUGGGACACAUGGCCCAAUCUACAAAGAACUAAAUGUAUAACAAGAACAACAGAGUUCCUUUCUUAUGAGUCUAUGCUGGGUUCUAGCUUAGCAGCUAUUGCCAUUCUCUCUUCUAUGGUUCCUCUUAUUAUUGCAGGAGUAUUUAAAUAUUAUAAACAAACACCAAUAGUCCGAGCCAACAACUAUUCCCUUAGCUGCCUUCUUCUGCUCUCCUUGUUGCUCUGUUUUCUUUGCUCUUUAGGGUUCAUUGGUUACCCACAAUCUGAAAUGUGUCUUCUACGCCAGGUGGCAUUUGGGAUGGUUUUUGCUCUUUGUAUCUCCUGUGUUCUGUCCAAAACCGUAAUUGUUGUCAUUGCCUUUAAUGCAACCAAACCAGGCAGCAGGUUAAGAACUUGGACAGGGGUGAAAGUGCCUUAUUUUCUCAUUUUGUGUUGUGCUUUAAUUCAGCUCUCUAUUUGUGUGAUGUGGUUGAUCUUCUUUAAACCCUCCCAUGAACUUGACACUGAUACCAAACCUGGAGUCAUCAUAGUUAAUUGUAAUGAAGGAUCUCCAACUGCUUUCUGGUGCAUGCUGGGAUAUCUUGGACUCUUGGCCAAAAUCAGUUUCAUUGUUGCUUUCCUGGCCAGACGACUCCCUGACAGUUUCAAUGAAGCCAAAUUUAUCACAUUCAGUAUGUUGGCUUUCCUCAGUGUCUGGGUGUCCUUUAUCCCAGCCUAUCUCAGUGCACGGGGCAUGUAUACUGUGGCAAUGGAGGUCUUUGCCAUUCUGUCUUCCAGCUGGGCUUUGGUGGUCUGUAUCUUUGUCCCAAAAUGCUUCAUAAUAUUGUUCAGACCCAACGUGAACUCCAGAGAAAAUCUUAUGGCAAAAAGAAGGACUACAAAUUAA